AUGCCGACGCUCCCGCCUCGCGCCGACCCUUCGCCCUCCUCGACGGAUCCCCCGUCUCAUUCACCAUCUGGAUCUGGAUCUGAUUCGCGCCCUUCGCAUUCGACUCACCAUGAUGGCCACUCAACAGACACCUCGGACGGUGGCUUCACCGAGCCUUCAUCCAGCGUCGAGCCCUCGACGUCCAACAGCCCCGAGCCCUCGAGCUCCGAGGCUCCCCCUUCUUCUUCGCCUUCCGACACUCCUCCUCCCUCGUCGUCUUCGAACCCCGAGCCCUCGUCGGACAGUCCCCCGCCCACGAGCAGCCAUCAGCCGACGCAGAGUCCGGAUCCGCCUUCUUCGUCCAACCCCCCGACGUCUUCUGAACGGCCUCCUACAUCGAGCAACUCGCCCACUCAGAGCGAGCGGCCUCCGUCUUCCUCUGAGCAGCCUCAGCCCUCCUCUUCCGACAACACCCAGAGCUCUACGCCUCCGUCAAGCAGCAGCUCGGGUGGACAGAGCAGCGUCGGUACCUCGUCGUCCGACAAUGUGAUUUCGCCAUCGCAGUCUGCCACGACCUCUUCUCCGAUUCAGACUUCGCUGCAGUCCUCCACGCCGUCUUCGAACCCGGGGCUGGUCACGCCCACGUCCGCUUUCAGCGCUCCCCCAAGCACGUACAUUGAGACAACGCUGGACUCCAUCACUACCACUGAUGAGCACGGCCGCAUGACCACCAAGGCUGCUCCCUCGGAGCUGACGUCUACUAUCGUUGGAACUGGCACCGACGGCAAGGUUUGGACGGUCACUCAGAUCGUCAAGAACACUGGCGUCGCUGGCGAGUCGUCGGCGCACGGAGGCUCUGGUUUCUUUGACAAUGCCGGAGCGGUUGCCGGGACAUUCGUCGUUGUCGGUCUUGCUGUUGCUGCUGGCAUCAUCGCGUUCGCCUGGUACGGUCUCCGCCGACGAAGGAGGCAGAUGCUCGACCGCGACGUCUCUGCCGCCGCGGCCGCUGCCGCUGCUGCGAACCAGCCUCGCUUCGAGGACGACGACGACUCGCCCGCCAUGACCCAGUACGUAAGCUACUACGCCACCACCCACGGAAGUGCCGACGAUAUCGAGCAGCCUAACGCGAUGCGCGACUACAUGGACCCUUCUGGCGGCUAUGACCCGUACGCGAGCCACUUGUCCGAGCCUAUGCUUCCUGGUGACCGACCGUGCUCGACCGCAACUGCUCCCGGUGUCGCUGGCCUUGGCGCUCAGCCGGAGCGGGUCGCCGAGGGCGGGGCGUACGCGACCAACGAUGCCUACGCGAACGACGGCGGCUACGACCCGAACCACUUUGUGGCAAACAGCUACGACCAGAACCACUACGCUGCCGAAGGCCCGGACUUCUCGCACACGUACGGCGACCCGCAGUACGACGUCGCCCACCAGUACGCACAGCACGAGUCGACGUACAAUGCCGGCGCGGGUGUCGCUACAACAACAGCCAACAGCGGGUACGAUGGGUUCAACUACGGUGCGCCGACGCCGCAGCCGUACACGGAUGACUUUUCCUCGCCGGAGCGCGCGGGUCAGUACUCGACAGGGUACGGGCAGCAGAUUCCCCGCUAA